UUUUCUAUCAUUUUUUAUAUGUAAACAGCUUUCUCUUUUCUUCGGCAUCAAUUCACUGCACAUUUGAAGCACCCAAAAAAAGGAAAAAAAUCCAAAAACCGAAGGGGGAAAAUGAGCAGAGGAAGUGGAGGUGGCUACGAUCGACAUAUCACCAUCUUCUCUCCUGAAGGUCGUCUUUUCCAAGUCGAGUAUGCUUUUAAAGCAGUAAAAGCAUCUGGGAUCACAUCGAUUGGCGUUCGUGGAAAAGAUUCCGUCUGUGUUGUUACUCAGAAGAAAGUUCCCGAUAAGCUUUUGGAUCAGACUAGUGUCACUCAUCUUUUCGCUAUUACCAAGAAUCUUGGGUUGGUAGCUACUGGCAUGACAGCUGAUGCUAGGACCAUGGUCCAACAAGCAAGGAAUGAAGCAGCUGAGUUUCGGUUCAGAUAUGGAUAUGAGAUACCUGUUGAUGUAUUGUCCAAAUGGAUUGCAGACAAAUCACAGGUUUAUACUCAACAUGCUUAUAUGAGACCUCUUGGAGUUGUUGCUAUGGUUUUGGGCAUUGAUGAAGAGAAGGGACCCCAACUCUACAAGUGCGACCCAGCUGGCCAUUUUUAUGGUCACAAGGCAACCAGUGCUGGAUCGAAAGAACAAGAGGCAAUUAAUUUCUUGGAAAAGAAAAUGAAGAAUGACCCUGCUUUUACUUACGAGGAAACAGUUCAGACUGCGAUUUCCGCUCUGCAAUCUGUUCUUCAAGAGGAUUUCAAGGCUACUGAGAUUGAGGUCGGAGUAGUGAAAGCUGAUAAUCCAGUUUUCAGAGCAUUGUCAACUGAAGAAAUCGAUGAACAUUUGACGGCUAUUAGUGAGCGUGAUUAGUGAAGAUUGGCAAGUUCAGAUAAUGUUAGCAUCUCCAAACUUUAUAUUGUUCAUCAUUAAUCUAGAUUGAAGUUGUCAUGUUUUUGGUCAUGGUGUUAUUUUUUAUAUUAUCACUAACGAGCUUGUUGCUUUGCUGGUGACAUUAGUUGUGAUUUUCGGGAUUAAUCCGUCUAUCCUUGGUCUGGUCUGACUUAUUGGCAAUGAAUUGAGGAUGUCGUUGGUGCUUGGGAACCUGUAUUGUUUCCCUGGGACACUACCUGUUGUUAGUGCAAUUCCAUUUCUUGCUAUACAUCUCAUUUUGUUUCCCCGAAAGCAUGUGUCCAAACAACAUGCUGGGAUUUGGAUU